AUGCUUAUUUAUUAUCAAAUUUUAGAAUUAUCUAAAACGAGAUCGAGGCAGACCAACUAUGCUGCGACGACCGAGAGGGACCUCUUUUCUAUUACUAUUAUUGUAUUUUUGUUGUUUUCCAGCGCCCUUGGUAAAAUUUGCCCCCUCCUGCUACGUUGCUGCAAUUCCCCCGUAGUUACUCCAUUGCCUUCUUGUCCCCGUCAUCUCUCAUCCCUUGCCUACCACUCCCUCUCCACUCCACCGUCCCGCGUACGGUAUUUUCCUAGAACUUUCCUCCUUUCCUUCUCUUGCUUAAACAAAUCUCCCAUCACCAGUACCUUACCUCUCCUUUUUAUCCAUAGGCUCUCUCUCACUCUCCUUUCCUCGCCCCAUCGCCUGCCUCCAUCUCCCGAGACACCUAUCACGAAUCACACUUUCUAUUGUUACCCCUUCGCCUCCCUUUCUCAGAUUCUUUAUCCCCUGAUCUCCAACAACCUCGACAGCUUACCGAGACUCUGGCUCCUUCCAGUCUUUGGAACCCGUCAGGGCUGGUGGCUGAGCCUUUUCACUUCUAACCUUCUCAGCUUCACGAAGCUCCGGGGGGGGCUCUCCGUUCUUGUCUCGUGGGGUUUAUUCCUCGCAAUAGCAUUCGCAGGGUAUUGGUGGUAUAGUGGGUCGCGUAAAGUUCAGCCUCAUGGCAAGCGCAUCAUUUUGGCUGCCUCGGAAAAGUUAUCUGGUGGCAGUGUCUUUGUGAGCAGUGGAACGGACGGUAAUGCUGCGGAAAAGAAGAAGAAGUCUAAAAAGAAGAAGGCGGCCCUCUCGAACACUUGCACUAAAAAAGUGGCUUCCAUCGAAGGUGGAGAGAAAGUUGCGCAAUCAACCGAUGACGAUGCGGCGCAAGAUGAAGAUGAGCUGCAAGCUUUGCGUAGGCUUCAAUCUCUUACAGAGGGUGGUGGGAAGAAAGGAGCUCUUUCAGGCUCCUCAGCAAACCAGUCUCAAUCGCAGAAGUCUCAAUUACAGAAGCCUUACCUCACUACCCCUGCUUCUCCAUUUGCAACAGCUUCUCAGACAUCCUCUACCGGCGCUGAUGCAGAUAUUGACGAAGAGGAGACAUCCCAAUUGCCCGGGCCUGGGUUCCAACAAUCUACUUCUUCGGAUCCUAGUGACAUGCUAGAAGAGUCAACCACAGGAGCCCGCAUCCUUACAAUCACACCAUCAACACAGCUUCCACGCACACAGAAGCAGAGGUCUACCACACCCGCCAUCCAAAGUGGAACGCACGCCAACAAAAAUGCGAAGAAGAAGGAGAAGAAGAAGCUAGAAAAGGAAGCAGAGAGAGCUGACCAAAAGGCUAGAUUCGAGCAGCACCGCGCGAGUGUGAGAGCCGCGGAAGUAGCUAAGCAGAAGAGCAAACUACCUUCUGAUGAUCCCAUGGUUGGUUCUGCGUGGAUUACCGUCAACGGCAAGAGGUCCUCCACUCCUACCAACGCUCCAGAGGCCAACCCAGCUUCUGGUGAUCUUCUCGACACCUUCGUUUCUCCCGAUACCCAUGCUCGCACUCAACACAUCUCCGGUGAUAGUGAGGAAGACGAGAGCCUUGCAAAGAGUCCAGACCCCACUCACCGUCAAGAUAUAAAUGACUCGUUAUGGGAGACGGUUCCCGCCUAUCUUGCAGCCGAUUGGAGCGAGGUUCAGAGAAAAGGCCGGAAGCAGAAGAAAGUGAUCAACAACCCUGAUACCGGCAAGAGCGGUGAUGAGUCGGCUAGUGUUGAGUCCACUAAAGUUUCCCAACAACCUAAUCCCGGGAGACCAACAUUUUCGAAGGAGGGUCUCAAGAAGGAAACCUCUAAGGCUAUGGCCAAUGAAUCCACUAAGGCCGGGAAUGGAUCCCAAUUGUUGGAUGCUGGUAGUACUACCAGUGAUACGAAAAAUUCGAGCUCAGAUUGGGCAGAAGUUGAUGACUCGGAUAAUUGGGCAGUUCACACGGAGAGCUAGGUUGACGGGUGUUGAUUAUGUGUGCUGUUCUCCAAAGCUUAUGCCUGCUUUCGCGUCGAACAUGGCUCGUUGCUUCCUGCCAACCGAACGGGUAUUCACCUGUCUGUAUAUCUUUUGUUUUUACAAUUCCUGCUAUCUUUUCUUUCUACGGUCAAUGAAUUUCUUUUUUCAUCAGCAAAAAUUGGUGGCAAUAAAAGGUGGUUUUUUCAGCAUGGUAUUAUUUCCUAACUCUCUGUUGGAAGCAAUUUUCCUUUGUUGGUAAUUUCCACCGUCCACCUUUAGUAUUGUUUCUUCUUUUUCCAGAACAAUUUGGUUUUUUUCUCCUUUCCAAUGGUCGCUGUGUAGCUGGGGCAUCUCUUUACACUAUUUCCAGAUUUGUUGGCAUCCAAAGCAGUUCCCGCUCCCUGUAUGUAGAUGUCGAUGGAAUUGUGUUCAAGUCAACAGCCCUAGGAAUGCAAAUAGUUCUGAGCGGCGCACUUUGCCUUGAAA